AUGAAUAUAAACGGAGUCGUAGUCAGUUCGUUCCUUGAAAACGUCUCAGUGGUGUAUUAUAACGUUGAGAAUAAUAUCAUGAACAAAGACAAAGAUUCCUGCAACAGUUCAGGUAUAAUCCAUUUAGAAGGCCCAAAUAGAUUACCGGAAAUCGAACCGAAUAAUAAAGACACGCAAAAUAUUACAUUGAAUGAUAUAAAGUCAAGACUCAGAUUCAUGUGA